AUGAGAUGGCUGGCAGUGCUAAUGUUUAGUUUACAAAUUUUGACGUUAUCUGGGUCCGUUAAUUACUGCGGUGCACGGAUGUGUGGGCAUACGGACCAACAUACAUUCUGUAGAUUCUCAAGUCCUGGAUUGUCAUGUAUGGGUUAUAUACACGCGCCACUGUCACACGAGGACAAAUCCCGAAUUCUUGCGAGAUUAAACAGACGUAGAAGCGAUGUCGCCUUGGGAUACAACGACUGGCCACCCGCCGCUGAUAUGUUAAAAUUGCGAUGGGUUGAAGAACUAGCCCGCGAAGCGCAACUCUGGGCAGAUCAGUGUAGGCCUCCGGAACAACUAGAGGAGCACGAUCUUUGCCGUGAUCUGUACUCAACAACCGUAGGACAAUGCGUUGCCUCAAUAGUAGGCGAAGCGCCAGGACUGCGCCCUGAAACAAUGGUCGACAUUUGGUAUAUGCAAAGAAUAUCAUAUGAAGGCAACUUUACUUCUUAUGUACCACCUGUAAGAUCGAGCCAAUAUUAUGGAGAUUUCGCACAAUUAGUUUGGUCUCGAACAUAUAUGGUUGGGUGUGGGAGAAGUCGAUUCAUGGCACCUUGGCGUGGUCGUUUACGCAGUGUAGAACGGCUUGUAUGUAACUUUGCGCCGCGUGGUCCGGUGUCCUUUCGUGCCUUGUGGACUCUUGGACGACCUGCCUCCAUCUGUCCGCCGCGAUCAAGACCUGAUACUUAUUUACCAGGGCUUUGCAGCUUUCAGAACACUUUGAAUGAUUCAGAUGAUAAAUAUAAUAAACACAGCGCUGAAGAGCAUUUAUUGCUAAACACAGUACUUGAAGUAGAAGCGAAUGAUACACAUGAUCAUAUUGGACUGUUCGACGAGUAUUACUUGAAGAAAGUAGCUAUAUCUAAUUUGAGUUUAAAUCCGACUGAUAUGUAUAAAGAUUUCGUACACACAAGAGAUAUAAUCGAAGAUUUCGAACUAGAAGAGCAAGUUAAUGAAACAUCAACACAUUCCUUUGAUGCGGAAGUAGAAAAUGGGGUAACUAAAAAAAUAGAGGAGAAGAAAAAAGUUAGAAUGUUAGGACGAUACAAAUCGUUUGAUUUAGAAGACUUGGAAGAUCAAAAUACAUCUAAGAACUUAAAAAAUGUCCUAGUUGAAGAAACGACAAAGUUCAACGAACUUUAUGCUGAUCUGGAGUAUUUGGAUGUGGAGAAAAUUUAUGACACUGUAACAAAUGAUAUAACACUUAAAAAUGACACUGAAGAUUUAAGAAUUAAUGAUAGAGAUGGAUCCUUUAAACUUGAAACAAAUACAUCUAAUCCAUUAAAUAUGACAAGAUUGAAUCAGAUAAUACUUCCAAAUAUAACGGUGUUUUCAAACCAAACAACGAAACAUGAUGAUUUAGACGACUAUCUUGCGGAUCCGGAAACCUUUAGACAACUACAAGAAGCGCUAGAUAGGAUGGAGAACAGUCUAGCUGAUCCAGUUUCAACAGUUGGAAAGGUCCGACGCGAACUAAGAACACUGCCACCAAACAAAACUUCAAUAACUAGAAGCAAACAAAAUAUCAUGACUCCAGAAGAGCUUCAAGCGGAAAUAGAACGGAAUAGAACCUUAGAUAGAGGGCCUAUGUUAAACAUGGUGCUAAAAUACUUGCCAUAUCUAAAACCUUACGAAAAAACCAUUAUGGGUGAAGUUACUAGUAACAGUGUUGCAAGAAUAUUGCCGAAUGUAUUGGCUUUACUUUUGUGUUUGUGA